AAUCGAUUGCUUUGCAUUGUUUUCAAUCUCUACUAAGUGUUGAUCCUGCUCGGGAAUCGGGAAGACAAAAAUGUUUGGAUUUUCUCGAAGGCGGAUGAAGCUUGGAAGGUUGAAAGUCCAGCUUGCCGAUUCUGCUCAGGGGACUAGAAGUCCUAUAAGACAUGCUAAACGACUCAGCCAUUCCAAUGGAGAAAACAUUGCACCUGCUAGCAGUCAUUCUGAUGAAAUAAACUGCCAAUCUUCAUCUGCUGAGCUUGACAUAAAAAACAGUACAUAUGGGAACUCUGAGAAGUGGAUGGUGUUGUCAACAGCUGGUGACAAGCCCACACCUCGCUUCAAUCAUGCUGCAGCCGUAAUUGGGAACAAAAUGGUGGUGGUUGGUGGUGAAUCUGGUCAUGGAUUGUUGGAAGAUGUGCAGGUGCUUGAUUUUGAUAAAUAUACCUGGACUACGGCUUCAUCAAAGAUUUAUUUGUCACCAACUAGUUUGCCGCUGAAGAUUCCUGCAUGCAAAGGUCAUAGUCUGGUUUCUUGGGGGAAAAAGGUACUCCUGGUUGGAGGGAAAACUGACCCAGCGAGUGAAAGAAUUUCAGUGUGGGCAUUUGAUACAGAAACAGAGUGCUGGUCAAUAAUGGAAGCUAAAGGUGAUGGCCCGGUUGCUCGCAGUGGCCACUCUGUGGUUAGAGCUGGCUCUGUUUUGAUCCUCUUUGGAGGUGAAGAUGCCAAAAGGAGGAAGCUAAAUGAUCUUCAUAUGUUUGAUCUGAAGUCUCUGAUGUGGCUCCCUCUCCACUGCACGGGAGCAGGACCGUCUCAAAGAUCCAACCAUGUGGCAGCUCUUUACGAUGAUAGAGUUCUCCUAAUUUUCGGAGGAUCAUCGAAGUCAAAGAGUCUGAAUGACUUAUACUCGCUUGAUUUUGAAACAAUGAUAUGGUCAAGAAUUAAAGUUCGAGGUUUCCAUCCAUCACCAAGGGCUGGUUGCUGUGGAGUUUUAAGUGGAACUAAAUGGUAUAUAGCUGGGGGUGGAAGCAGGAAAAAACGACAUGCAGAAACGCUGGUCUAUGAUGUUCUAAAAGUUGAAUGGUCUGUAGCUGUCGCAUCACCUCCUUCUUGUAUUACUACUAACAAAGGCUUCAGCCUGAUGCUUGUGCAGCAAAAGGAAAAAAAUUUCCUUGUUGCAUUUGGGGGAUUCAAGAAGGAGCCAUCAAAUCAGGUUGAAGUAUUGAUCAUGGAUAAGAAUGAAGAAUCCAUGGGGAGACGAUCUACACCUGAGAAAGGUCCAGGUUCAUUGCUUUUUGAGAAUCGCUCAUGUCCUGUUGAUUCAGUUGCCAGACAAAAUCUAGCAUCUGCAUUGGAGCACCAUGGCUCUGGAAGGAAGUCUAUUUCUGAAUCCUUACUUGUUGACCCAAACCCGGUCUCUGGUAAUGUUUCACUACGCAAGCAGUUACACAACGAGGAAGAAUACAGUAAUACUCUUAAAAUGGUGAAGAAUCAGGAAGAUGAAACCUUUUUUCCUCAAUCACUGUUUCAGGCGAUGGAGCACAGAACCAAACCACUAGAUACAGGCAUGCCAACUGAUAUUGCUGGAGGUAUUGCCAGUCCAGAAGAGAUGACUUUUAAAUUUGAUUCUGAAAACUCGAAAUCCCACCCGAAGCAAGUAAAUGCAAACAUUCCGUCUGACAAUGAUGGUGCAAUGGGCCCAGAAACUGAUGGCAAGUCAGCAGGCUUAUCAGCCCCUUCGAAUAUCUAUCAGAUGUAUGAAUCCAAAAUAGCUGUUCUGAUAAGGAAGAAUGGGAUUCUGGAAGGACAGCUGGCGGCUGCAUUGGGUAGCCGAGAUGCUCAAGAGAAGAAUUUGUCUUCUGUUGUCAAGAGUAAACAGGACAUGGAGAAAAAGCUGGCUGAUACAAUGAAGGAAAUGGAGUUACUGAAAGAGAAACUGGGUAGCAUAGAGCUUGCUCAAGAAGAGGCUAACAGCCUGUCAAAUAUAGUACACUCCGACAAUGUUCGGCUAGAGCAUGAUGUGGCUUUCCUUAAAGCAGUUUUGGAUGAUACUCAGAAGGAGCUGCACUCGACAAGGGGAGUCCUUGCAGGAGAGAGAGCAAGAGCGUUCCAGCUACAGGUGGAAGUCUUUCAUCUCAAACAAAGAUUGCAGUCUGUGGAGAACCGUGCACAAACACCCAGGAAACCGUUCCACAUGUAGUUACUGGACAUAAUAUACACAGCUAGACAACCUACCACU